CUCACCGACAACGGCUCGAGCUCCUCCAACCGCCACGUUACCCCGAGCAACCGUCGUGACUGAGUCUCUGUUGUGAGUCUUGUUGUGAGUCUCUGUUGUGACUCUCUUGUUGUGAGUCUUGUUGUGAGUCUUGUUGUGACUCUCUGUUGUGAGUCUUGUUGUGAGUCUUGUUGUGACUCUCUGUUGUGAGUCUUGUUGUGACUCUCUUGUUGUGAGUCUUUUGUUGUGAGUCUUGUUGUGAGUCUUGUUGUGACUCUCUUGUUGUGAGUCUUGUUGUGAGUCUUGUUGUGACUCUCUGUUGUGAGUCUUGUUGUGACUCUCUUGUUGUGAGUCUUUUGUUGUGAGUCUUGUUGUGAGUCUUGUUGUGACUCUCUUGUUGUGAGUCUUGUUGUGAGUCUCUUGUUGUGAGUCUCUUCUUCGGACGUUUGGUUCCUGCUGCUGCUUCACGGUUCACUCUUCACGGAACAGGAUCGAUCGGUCGACGUCGCGGUGAUCAUGGCUCAAUCGGUCGUCUUAAAGGGUCCGUGGGGUCCGGCGGCCCCGGAGCCCCCCAGCUGCUCUCUGACUGAAGUGAUGAGCGAACAGCUGGCGACUCAACUGGAGGAGGAGAACCAGGACUACCCCCCCCUCACUGGCCCCUCAGCAGACCUCCUCCCCUCCUCCUCCUCCUCCUCCUCUGAGACGACCAGUGACUUGAUGCUGGCUCAGAUGCUUCAGAUGCAGUUUGACCGAGAGUUUGACGACCAGCUCCUCCGGGAGGAGAAGAAGUUCAACGGGGGGAGCAAAGUGUCCAUCUCCUUUGAGAACUACCGCAUGGUGCAUCCGUACGCAGACAGCGACAGCUCGGAGGACGAGGUGGACUGGCAGGACACGAGAGAUGACCCGUACCGCGCCGAAAAGCCCCAGACGACCCCGAGGAGAGGCUUCACCGGCAAAGGGAAGAACAUCACCACCAAGCACGACCCGGUGGCCUGCGGGCGCAAGAACACGGCGCGCAUGGACAACUUUGCCCCGGGGGUCCAGGUGGGCGACGGCAUGGGGAUGGACCUGAAGCUGUCCAACCAGGUGUUCAACGCCCUGAAGCAGCACUGCAACAGCGAGCAGAAGCGCAGCGCCCGGCUGCACGAGAAGAAGGAGCACUCCACGUCUGAGCAAGCCGUGGACCCUCGCACUCGCCUGCUGAUGUACAAGAUGGUGAGCGCCGGCGUCCUGGAGAACAUCAACGGCUGCAUCAGCACCGGGAAGGAGUCGGUGGUGUUCCACGCCAACGGAGGGAGCUUGGAGGCGCGGCCCGUUCCAGGCGAGGUGGUCCUGAAGGUCUACAAGACGACGCUCAACGAGUUCAAGAACCGCGACCGCUACAUCAAAGACGAUUACCGCUUCAUCGACCGCUUCAGCAAACUGAACCCACGCAAAGUCAUCAGGCUGUGGGCCGAGAAGGAGAUGCACAACCUGGCCAGGAUGGGCAGCGCUGGGAUCCCGUGUCCUGCCGUCGUGCUCCUGAAGAAGCACAUCCUGGUGAUGUCGUUCAUCGGCAGCGGUCUCGUUCCGGCCCCCAAACUCAAAGACGCCGCGCUGGACCGCGCCGACCUGGAGGAGGCCUUCAGACAGGUGCUCCACGUGAUGCAGCAGUUGUAUCAGGAGUGUAAUCUGGUCCACGCUGACCUCAGUGAAUACAACAUGCUGUGGCACGAAGGAAAGGUGUGGCUGAUCGAUGUGAGUCAGUCCGUGGAGCCCACUCACCCUCACGCCCUGGAGUUCCUCUUCAGGGACUGCAGGAACGUUUCCACGAUCGAGGCCUUUGAGAAGAGGAAUGAGGACCACGUUCAGCGCCGGGGGAAGAAGUGUUUCCCGGCCUCCUGUGAAGACGUCGGUCCGCCGUUACAACCCGACUCUGAUGACUAAGCCCCGCCCCCCCUCACGGCUCGCUCUCUCUUCACGACCCGCCGUGUUGAAAACAAGCUGUUAAAAAGAGGAGACGAAUGGAGGAGGCCCCCCCUGCGCCUCCUCCUCCUCCUCCAACCACCCACCAACUGCUUCCUUUGAAACAGGCCGACGGAGCUCCGCCUCCCGGCCGCAGGAGGGAGGGGCUUCAGCUGAAGUCAGAGCGUCCUGAGGGGCGGCGAGGGUUUCUGAAGCCGAGGCCACGCCUCCUCCCGAAGAGGAGCGCCGAGAAAAGAAACGCUUGUUUUAUUUCUUGCAGAAGGAAAUAAAAUAAACACAAAAAUAUAAAAAUGUAAUCAAAGAUCAUUUAAUCUGAGGUCUGACAUAUAUGAUUAAAAUAUGAACGUUU